UUACAUAGGUGUUAAAACUUAGAACACGCAGAGGUUAACUCACAAAUAUUCAGAGAGAGAGAUGGGAUCCAUCCCUCCAGAUAAUGUAAAUGCAGCUGCAAGACAAAUGGAAGAUGGAAACACCCCUAAGGAGCUUGAUGCUGGAGCUUUAUUUGUGCUCAAGUCUAGAGGUUCAUGGUUGCACUGUGGAUAUCACUUGACAACUUCAAUUGUAGCACCAGCACUUCUAAGUCUUCCCUUUGCACUAUCAUUGAUGGGCUGGUUUGCUGGCGUUUUGUGCCUAAUUGUGGCUGCAUUGGUUACCUUCUAUUCCUAUAACCUUCUCUCACUGGUUUUAGAGCACCAUGCACAGCUUGGUCAGCGCCAACUUAGGUUCAGAGACAUGGCUAGAGAUAUAUUAGGACAAGGAUGGGGCAGAUUUUUUGUAGGUCCAAUUCAAUUUGGUUUAUGCUAUGGUGCAGUCAUUGCAUGUAUUCUUCUUGGAGGGCAGAGCCUCAAGGCUAUUUAUCUACUCUCUAGUCCAAAGGGAACCAUGCAGCUCUAUCAAUUUGUUAGUAUAUUUGGUGUAUUACUGCUAGUCUUGGCACAAAUUCCAUCUUUCCACUCCCUAAGGCAUAUCAACCUUGUUUCUCUAGUCCUUUGUCUUGCUUAUAGCGCUUGUGCCACAUCAGGUUCCAUAUACGUUGGUUAUUCCAAGAAUGCACCUACUAAAGACUACUCCAUCAAUGGAAGUGCACAAAAUCGCGUCUUUGGAUCCUUUAAUGCUAUUUCAAUUAUUGCCACCACAUUUGGGAAUGGAAUUAUUCCUGAAAUACAGGCAACUAUUGCACCUCCAGUCAAGGGGAAAAUGUUCAAAGGACUAUGUGUGUGUUAUGCUGUUGUAGUAUCUACAUUUUUCAGUGUGGCGAUUUCUGGGUAUUGGGCAUUUGGCAAUCAGGCCAGGGGAACAGUUCUAGCCAAUUUUAUGGUUGAUGAGAAGUCUCUUUUGCCUACUUGGGUUCUCUUAAUGACCAAUGUUUUCACCCUCUUGCAAGUAGUAGCUGUUACUCUGGCGUACUUACAACCAACAAAUGAAGUGCUUGAGCGGAAUUUUGCAGAUGCAAAGAUUGAUCAGUUUGCAUUUCGUAAUGUCGUACCAAGGUUGGUUUUUCGGUCACUAUCAGUUGUUAUAGCCACAACUAUAGCUGCCAUGUUUCCCUUCUUUGGAGAUAUCAAUGCAGUGAUUGGAGCAUUUGGAUGCAUACCUCUUGACUUUGUUUUGCCCAUGGUCUUCUACAACGUGACUUUCAAGCCCUCCAAGCAUGGCCUAAUGUUUUGGGCUAACACAUUGAUUGCCACAAUCUUUUCAGCAUUGGGUGUGUUGGGAGCAAUAUCCUCAAUUCGUCAGAUAGGUCUUGAUGCCAAAACGUACCACUUGUUUGCAAAUUUGUAGUUAGAACAACUGCUAUGGUAACUAGACAAUGACUCCUUUCACUGUUACUUUUGUCAAGGAAUUCAAAAGUGAGGCAAAUCUAUAUAUUACUAAAAACUGAAGCGUAACAUUUAAUUUGCUACGCUUAGGUUGAGCCACAUUAAUAGCCAUGUCAUUACAAUUUUCUUUC